AAUUCUAGUGAAAACGAUAUACAUAGUUAUAAAAAAUUUGUUGUAUUAGACAGAAAAUUUAAAUAAAAUCUUUUAUAUAGGAAAGUUAAUCCAAAUUAUUGCGUCCAUUUUUAAAAAUUGAUUUUCAAAUUAAAAAAAAAAGGACUUGGCAUGGAGGUUCAAAAAACCUUUUCGUCGCGCUCUACAACAAAACCCAAAGGCAACUCGAAAACUGCCUUUUAUAGGACCAAAACUGGAAAAUGUCAACGUCCCAGCGGUAUUCUUCUUCGGAAUCCAUACCUGAAUUUUUUACGUGAAUUUCGCGUGCGCAAUACAGGUCUUUCAGCCGUAGAAAUAAUACGACGCGGUGCCAAGGAAUGGAAUAAUAUGCCCAAAGAGGAUAAAUUGCAUUACAUAGAAGAGGCUUUUCAUGCACCAAAGAAAAGGAAGCCACCGUCAAUUCAAAUACAACCACAACCAAACCAGAUGUGUGCAAUGCCAUAUCAAAGUGAUCGUGGUAUAGUGUGCCCCAGAAUGCCUACCGCGUGCCCCAAAAAGCGCCGCAGGAAGGCGAAAUGUGCUCGCAGGCGGAAGCCCAAAAAAAGGCGAUGUGGCAAAAAACGCCGUCCUAAGCGCAGAGUUUGCAAGCCGAGGCGAAAAAGAUGUAAAAUAUAAGAUGUCUAGACAAAAUUGAAAAUCAACUUUUAACGAUUUGAUGUAUAGUUUACAUGUUCUGAAAAUUUGAAAAUAAACAAAGAAUAAAUAUUGCGUGUAAUUAAUAAUAA